CCUCUCUCAUGAAGUGUGCCAGCCGCUCCCCUCCCCCACCCCCUGCAUGAGGUGAACGAGCUGCGUCAGGUGCUGCAGACAGACAUCAGGGAGGAGGGGCCCAUGAGGAGGCCUUUAAGAUGAUAUGGUGGGCAAUGAAGUCGUAAUGGAGAGAUCUGUGAGGAGAAGACGGGUCCGUCCUCAACCGGAUGCUGAACAACAUAUUCAACUAAAAACUGACAAGGCUGGUCUCACAGAGCAUUUUAUCAACCCAUACAAAGGUCGAGGUGUGCUUGCUGUGGAGGUUUUCAACAGAGGAGAUUUUGUGCUUGAAUACCGUGGUAAACUUUUCAAACAGGAUGGUCUUCUUACGAAGAACUACACUGACACAGAAGCAGUAUUCCUGUUUGACUUCCAAUGGAAAGGGGGAUGUUGGUGUCUUGAUGCAUCUGUUGAAGACAAGUCACUGGGAAGGCUUGUGAAUGAUGACCACAUCAAGCCUAACUGCAAGAUAAAAGCUAUUGAUGUUGGUGGGAUGCCACAUCUCUGCCUGUUUGCCAUACGAGACAUCGCCCCAGGUGAAGAAAUAACUUACAAUUAUGGGGAUUCAGACUGGCCUUGGUGCAGACAGCAGAAAAUGCGACCCGAUGUCAGCGAAGAGCUGCCACCCGAUGUCAGCGAAGAGCUGCCACCCGAUGUCAGCGAAGAGAUGACACCCGAUGUCAGCGAAGAGCUGCCACCAGAUGUCAGCGAAGAGCUGCCACCUGAUGUCAGCUAAGAGCUGCCACCAGAUGACAGCGAAGAGCUGCCACCAGAUGUCAGCGAAGAGAUGAUGCCCGAUGUCAGCGAAGAGCUGCCGCCCGAUGUCAGCGAAGAGAUGACGCCCGAUGUCAGCGAAGAGAUGACGCCCGAUGUCAGCGAAGAGCUGCCACCCGAUGUCAGUGAAGAGAUGACGCCCGAUGUCAGCGAUCCUUUUAUCUUGCAGAAAAUGCCACCUGAUGUCAGCGAAGAGAUGACACCUGAUGUCAGCGAGGAGCUGACAACUGAUGUCAGGGACAGACCUGAGCAGAUAAUGCCACCUGAUUUUAGUGAAGAGAUGACACCUGAUGUCAGCGAAGAGCUGACACCAGAUUUUAGCGAAGAGCUGACACCUGAUGUCAGCGAAGAGCUGACACCUGAUUUCAGCUAAGAGCUGACGCCUGAUUUUAGCGACAAACCUCUGCUGUCAUCUACUCCUGUGAAUGCAUCUCAGGUGUGUGAUGAGAUCAACAUAAACGGCAGCAAUCCAGCGGCACAUACAUCUCAAAGGGCCAAAUAUAGACGGCACCAUGAAGAAUGCUUCAAUCAUCACAAAAUUGCAGAGGAGGAGCGAAAUGCGAAAGAAAGACGGCAUACAAUGAAUUUGUUAAAGCGUGCACAACUGGUUAAACAAUUGUCACAACUGGAUGCACUUCUUACUUCGCAAUCCCCAUUGCAUGAUGAUAUUCAGACAACAGCUCCUCUUACGUGUGCUACAUCGUCAGAUGGUGAAAAAUCUUGGAAUUGUCCAGUGGAUUACUCAAAAAGGACAUUUUCAAGACAAAGACAGGCCACUUCAUGUGUGGAAUCAUCCCUUGAUGAAUCCGAUGUGACGGACUAUAGUGAUCGUGACUAUGUCCCAGACACAGAAAGUUCCUCUGAGCUUGAUGAAGACACACCACUCCAGUUUCCAGUUGGGAAAAACCGACUGCUGGCUCUGCGAUAUCCUACUUUAUCUCUAUCAAAACAAGAUAUUGAUUCAGGAAGCACAGAAAAUAAAGGCACUGCAGUCAGCCCUAAGAAGAUGAACUUGAUCUCUCGGAGGAAGAGAAAGACCUCAUCCCUCAGUCCACUAAAGAGCAACUCAAACACUCCUGAGAAAAACAGAAUCCAACAAAUUUGUGGCUCAAUUAUAGUAUUGCCUACCUCAAAUUCUGAAACUCGUCGAGUGUACAACAAGAGGAAUUACUGUCUCUUUUGCCUCAAUCCGACAUCAAAAAUUUCACGACACCUAGAAGCUGUACAUGGGGAUGAAGCAGAGGUUGCCCGAGCAUUUCAGCAUCCAAAGAAUUCAAAAGAGAGACGCAAAAAGUUGGACAUUCUCAGAAGACGUGGAAACUUUGCCCACAAUGCCAAUGUUGUGAGGGAGGGAGCUGGAGAGCUCCAGGCCUGCUACCGACCACGAGAGUGUAGACGUGCCUCCGAAUUUAUUCAUUGUUUUCAUUGUCAAGGACUUUAUGCCAAGAAAACAUUGUGGAAGCACAUGAAAAUCUGCCCAGCGAACAAAGAAACUAGUGAAGAAUCCAGCAGUGGGAAGAGGCGAAUUCGAUCCAAAUGUGCCCUUAAAACUGCCGUUGUGCGUGAGAUUAGUGAGGGCUUAAAGAAUGUGAUUUCCUCCAUGGUCUAUGAUGAGGUCACUCGGCUGAUUCAAAAUGACAAAAUUCUCUUGCAGUUUGGACAACACCUGUUUGAUCUAAAUGGGUCAAGAAAGAACAGACAUGACUAUAUAAGGCAAAGACUUAGAGAACUUGGGCGACUAUUACUUGUGGCUAAGAAGAAAACGCCCAUCCGGAAGGCAGAGGAACUCAUCUAUCCUGCAAACUUCAAUCAUGUGAUAUCUGCAGUGAAAGCGUUGGCUGGGUACAAUGCAGAGAACAACACAUUCUGCACACCUUCCUUAGCCCUCAAAAUUGGUAACAGUCUGGGUAUAAUCUGUGAGCUUAUAGAGAGUGAUAAUUUGUCCACAGUUGACAGAGACCAACGCCUUUGACCAGGAAAUGUCAUUUGACUCACACAUUAAACUAAUUUCCAGAACAUCCUUCUUCCACCUGCGGAACAUUAAGAAAAUUAGAAACAUUCUGUCUUUACGGGAUGCUGAAAAACUAGUUCAUGCUUUUGUUACAUCUAGAUUAGAUUACUGUAACUCCUUAUUAUCAGGAUGUUCCAACAAGUCUGUUAGAACCCUUCAGUUAAUUCAAAAUGCUGCAGCACGAGUUCUGACAGGAACUAGAAAGAGAGACCAUAUAACUCCAGUGUUAGCUUCUCUACACUGGCUCCCUGUACAGUUUAGAAUUAAAUUUAAAAUCCUCCUCCUCACGUACAAAGCACUUAAUGGUCAGGCCCCUUCAUACCUGAAAAACUUAGUCUUACCUUAUCGCCCUAAUAGACCACUUAGGUCACAAAAUACAGGCUUACUUGUGGUUCCUAGAGUCUGCAAGAGCAGAAUGGGAGGCAGAGCCUUUAGUUACCAGGCUCCUCUCCUGUGGAACCAGCUCCCAAUGAUAGUUCGGGAGGCGGAGCCUCUCUCUGUAUUUAAAGUUAAACUUAAAACUUUCCUUUUUGAUAAAGCUUAUAGUUAGAGCUGGUUCAGGGAAACCUGGACCAGCUCUUAGUUAUGCUGCUAUAGAACUAGACUGCUGGGGGAUUUUCCUGUGGUGCACGCACAUUCACUCUCUCACACUCAGGAUAUGAUUUUGACUUUUUAUAUGUCAUUAACCUUAUCUCUUUCUCUCCCUAGUUUGUGUAUUUCCUUCCUUCCCUCUCUCUCUCUCUCUGUAUUCUCAUCAUGCAGGUUGCGGGACCAAGAUCCAGUUUUCGAGGCUACCCACAUUAUCACCAUUAUUAUUGUGCUAUAAUUAAAAAGUCGAUAUCAUUAACUGUAUUAACUUGUAACUUGAUACAGUUGUUGUGUAUCUGCUCCUGGUCUCUCUCUCUCUUCUGUCUCUACCUCAUCUCCCUCUUGUCCUUUCUCUCCCCCCUCCCCUUUCUGUCCUCCACCUCUCCUCUGUCCCCGAUUUUCCUUUCACCCCAACCGGUCGAGGCAGAUGACUGCACAUUUCUGAGCCUGGUUCUGCCAGAGAUUUCUUCCUGUUAAGAGGGAGUUUUUUCUCUCCACUGAUGCCUAGUGCUUGCUCAUUGUGUGAACUGUUGGGGUUCUCUGCUCUCUUUGAUGUUGUCUAUGUACAGUGCCCUGAGAUAAUGUAUGUUAUGAUUUGGCGCUAUACAAAUAAAAUUGAAUUGAAUUGAAUUGAA